GUCAAGCAAUGACUGAUGACAGUCAUUGACCUUCCAAUCCGAUUGGCUGCAGGUUGGGAAGUAGGCGAGGCCAUUCCAGAUUCCGCCUCCCCCCACCCCCGGUUCGGUGCGGCCGCACGGAGACCGUCAACAGCUCUGCCUGACAUCUACCCAAUCCAGUUGGCGGCAGGCGUGGAGUGGGCGGGGUCAUCCGUGAGUCCCGCCUCUUCGCCCGUUCGAGCUAUCGCGUUUUCAAGAUGGCGGGCGGCGGUUGCUGAAGUGUCCCGGGCUGGUCUAGCGCUGAAACUUUCGGUGGACUCGUUCCCUCCCCUUCGUGUGUUCCUCCCCGACACCAUGCACUUCUCCAUCCCCGAAACGGAGGUGGUGCUGAGCGGCGAGAACGGUUCCUCGUACGUGGCGUACAAUAUUCAUGUAAAUGGUGUGUUACAUUGUCGAGUUCGAUACAGUCAACUUUAUGGACUACAUGAGCAGCUGAGAAAAGAAUAUGGGAACAAUGUGCUUCCUCACUUUCCUCCUAAAAAGAUAUUCACACUAACAACUGCAGAAGUUGAGCAACGUCGAGAGCAAUUAGAAAAAUAUAUUCAGAAUGUACGCCAGGAUUCCUUGCUUGGCAGCAGUGAAGCAUUCAACAGCUUCCUCAGAAAGGCACAGCAGGAAACUCAGCAGAUUCCAACUCAAGAAGUACAGCUGGAUGUCUGUCUAUCCAAUGGACAGAAGGUGAAAGUUAAUAUUUUAAGCUCAGAUCAGACAGAAGAUGUGUUAGAGGCAGUUGCCUCAAAACUAGAUCUUCCUGAUGACCUAGUAGGAUACUUCAGCCUUUUCCUUAUCCGAGAAGGAAGUGAUGGUGGUUGUUCUUUUGUACGAAAACUACAGGAGUUUGAAUUACCCUAUAUUUCGGUCACAAGCUUGAAGAAUACAGAAUACAAAAUAGUGCUGCGAAAAAGCUAUUGGGAUUCUGCCUAUGAUAAUGAUGUCAUGGAAAACAGAAUUGGAUUGAAUCUGUUAUAUGCCCAGACGGUAGCUGAUAUUGAACGUGGGUGGAUCCUUGUCAACAAGGAGCAGCACCGACAAUUAAAAUCACUUCAAGAGAAAGGUUCGAAAAAAGAGUUUAUCAGCCUGGCGCAAACGCUGAAGUAUUAUGGAUACAUCAAAUUUGAUCCUUGUAUCACUGAUUUUCCAGAAAAAGGUUGCCAUGUCAUAGUUAGUGCUGGCAAUAAUGAACUGAAUUUCCAUGUCAAGUUACCCAAUGAUCAAAUCAAAGAAGGCAGUUUCAAGGUCACGCGUAUGAGGUGCUGGCGUGUUACUUCCUCGCAGGUUCCAAUGACAAAUGGUACAGCAAGCAGCCCAGGAAAAACUGAGACCAAACUCGAACUGGCGUUUGAGUAUCUGAUGAGCAAAGACAAGCUACAGUGGGUGACAAUUUCUAGCCCACAGGCAAUAAUGAUGAGCAUCUCUUUGCAAGCAAUGGUGGAUGAGCUCAUGGUGAAGAAAUCCGGUGGCAAUAUAAAGAAGAUGCUGAAGAAGAGGAUAAAUGGUGCGCUACGUCGAUCAGACAGUCAGCAGGCUGUGAAGUCCCCGCCACUUCUGGAUUCACCUGAUUCCAACAGGGAUCCCGUUGUCAAACUCUCAAGUAAACUUUCUUCUGUUAGUAUCCGAGGGAUCAGCGCUUCCAAUUCCUCUGGUGAUGUCAGUGCUAAUGACUUCCACGGUAACUAUGCUUUCGAGGGAAUUGGUGAUGAUGAUUUGUGAAGUCUGUCAAGUGAACCAAUCUACUUGCCUGGGGAGAAGCCUAAAUCUUGCACUUGCAUCUGCUUGGUUUGCACUGAAUUGAAUGAGAAAGAUUGAACUGCUGUUGGGAAGAUGUCAUAUUUGGUUGCGAUGCAUGUCAAGAAGCAACAAUGUUAAAGGGUCGUGAUGUCUAUGAUCAUGAUUAACACCAAAUUAUCGUUUACUAGAGUAUUUUGCACAAUGAUUCAAAUUUGUUUUGAAAAUCUAAAAGAUCAAGUUUACACAUGAAUAUCAAUUGAAGUUAACAGUAUUUUUUAAAAUAACUGAAUCUGUAGUAGUGUGUUCCAGGUGGAGUUGGUGUCUAAUCUUGUGAAUAUAAGGACAAAUGACAAUGCUAACAUAUUUACAGAUUGGAGUAGUGGUUUGUAAAAUAUAACAAAAUGACAACAUCAGAUCAACAUUGAAACUAAGGACUUCGCAAUAGCUAUGCACCGCAUUGAUUAUGUAGGUGUAGUCAGCUCAAAAAAUCCAUUUGCAGAGAAAACCUAUUGGUCAUUGUGUGGCAAAAUUACUCCUCUAGUUUCUCAGUUGCCUUAUUUCAGUGCACAUUUGCCAUUGUUUAGCUAUCUAUUGUAUUGCCUGUGUCUUAUAUUGAUGGGCUAUGGCUCAUUUAUCACCUUCCAUCUGCAUAAAUCCAUUGUUUUUCUGUGCAACGGUAUCGCUCUAUUUCUACAUGGUGACAAUUCUCAAGUGAAAUCUGAGUUAAUUUCACUUAAUUGUGAUGCAGCAUUCCAGUUGUGGAAGGCUGCAAGUUUGUAACUCAUUCAUGGAGCAGACUAGUGUUGAAACAAAGUUAGAUUAUUUUAAUGAUUUGUUCUUUCCCUCUGCAAUCCUUCAAAUCUAAUCCUGUGUGUGCACUGUAUGUACAUUCUGAAAGCAAGGUACAAGGUCAAUCAAAGUAAUUUAAUCACUAUUUUAGCAGAACUGUUACAGCUGAAAAACUCUGACCAAAUACUCAGAAUGGAGUGAUUCUGUUGAAACACUGAGUUGCAAUCUUGUCAGUGAAAGGCCUAAAGAGGGUUCAAUUAACUUGCCUAUACAGCAACAUAUGUGAGAUCAUGUAUUAUCAAACUGAACAACAUAGUAGUGUUUGCUUUUGCUGUACUUUCAAUAUCAAAACAUGCUUGGGAGUCAAUAAUAGAAGAUAAUUUGGCUGCUAACUUCAAUAAAUAAGAAUGCCAUUGUGUUCUGAUUAUGAGAAACUUAAAACUAUUCAGUCAUACAACCUUACAUGAAAAGAUUUUGCAUGUUAAACUUGGAAAAGUCAAUGCUUGGAUGUAAGCAUGGACAAUCUUUGAUACCACGCAGCUUAGUGUAAAGGAUUGGGCCUUUGUGUGUUACUAAAACAGACCAGAAUGAUUUCCAGUGACAACAUCCUCAAUACACUUGGUUUUAGCCAUCCUUAACAUAAACGGGCUACCCAGCAGUCUGGGUCAGAUAUAUUUGUAUGCUUUGAAGCCCUAAAGACCUUUGAUAAUUAAACAGUUACUUAGUGCUAUGUCUUUCAUAUCAGCUUUCUGGUAAUGGCACUAUACUUCACUACUGUUAGUCAUGGUUGAUGUUACUAAUGUCAGAUUGUCUUUCUUAAUGUCAUUUGCAUCUAAAAAUGUCUGAUGUCUGGUAUCUUUUCAAAGCCACUUUAAAUACCCCAAAGAAAAAGAAAUGGAAGCAGAUACAAUUAAAUUCAUACAUGCUGUGUUGCUUUGAUUGCAAGUCAAUGGAAUAACAUUUGGGCAGAUGAUCAAGAUGGAGUUUUGAAAAGCUUGGAACUGUAACACUACAUGCAUGGGGAAAAAGACCCUGCAGCUGAGAAUUGUGAUAUUAAAAGCAAAACAAUGUAGUUAAAAAUAGAUUGCACAAUCCAGUCAGAACUCUUCUGAGGAAAGAUCAUUCUGAUAUGGUAAGUCUGUUCAUGUCUUAAUUCCAGCUUCCUUUAUUUUGGCCUCCAACAUUUCACAAAUAUAGACCUAUUAAGAAUAGACUUGAAUUCUAAAUAUUCGUUAAGAAUAAAUAAUUGCAGACAAUGAUCAAAAGUAAAAUCGGAUGGAUUGUGAAACUAAUACAGAAUUGUAGUAUUUAAGAUACCUCAUGGAAAAGUGAGAAUCUUAACACAGAUUUGACAAUCCAGAUGUACCAGAAAUGUCCCAUUACAGUGGUUGACGUGAUGGGUCAAGACCGGUUCCUAACAACCCCUAGAUCAUGCAUUAACAGUGUAGAAUGAUUUUGAUUUAGUUGCGAUUUUAUCCACUUUGUAAAUUAAAAGAAAAUUAUAUUUUCAGAGAACAGCAAGAUAAUUAUACCUGUUUGUCCAUCUAUAGAGCAACUCAGCUCUCAAAUAGCGUCUGGAAAGACACGUCUGUAAUUGCAUCCUCUCCAGUGAAAUUGUUGUCCUUUUUCCAGUGACUAAUUCCUGAACAGCUCAAAUAGUAGUUAGAGGAAAAUGGGAAAUGUGUGUUUUCUGUCUUCAUGAAAUUGUAUCUUUUCAUCCAGAAAUUCUUGUGCUUGCAUUUGAUAGUACAUGUUUGAUAACUUCAGCUCUCAGAAUAACAUAGUUCCAUGUCAAGAGUUAAAGCUGCACUAGAAUUCAAAACUAUGUAAGUACUUAUAACCUUGGUUAUGUGUAUAAUGAGAAAUGAAGUCCAUAUAAAUCAAUGUUACACACUGUUCUCUGAAUCUAUUGACUUAAUUUUUCUGGCAUCCUUUCCAGAAGUGUCUGUUUCUGAAGUCUGAUGCAUAGCACUACUUAAAGGGUGCCCAGAAUUAGAAUAUAAUACUAAAAAUCCAUGCGCAUUUAUGAAUUUUCAUUUUCUCAGCAUUAUCUUUUUUAUACAGAGCUUGCUUAUACCAUAUUAUUUAAAUUAAGUUACAUGAAGUCAUGGUUAAGUCCCUGAAAUUUCUGACAUUGUCUGACAGCAGAAUAGUCUUUUUAGGAGGGGCAAGGACAAAAUGAAAUGUGUUUCCCUAUUUAUACCUGUCACCAAGAAAAGAACCACACAGAUUCUCAUGAAAGAGAAGCAUCUUUAGGUAGGCCUUUUCACUGAGUGUAAAUAUCUAUGGUACUUCCAUCUGAUAGAAGCAGUGGACAGGUGUACUUUUCAGUAGUUACUAAAGUUAUAUAAUGUAGAUUUCCUUGAGUCAUGCAACCUCUAUUGCGGUAAAUUGAGAGAGGGAGCAGUUUUAUCAAAAAACAAUCCAUGGAUACUCUUUUAAGAUGGUUAACAAAUCUUCUGGGGCAUAGACUACCUGCCAACAGCAGCUCACCAAAGUCCUCUGUCCUGGGCCAGUUAUUCCAGGUGUUGCCCAUCUUCUGGUGUAUCCUUCCUCACUCGGGGAUGAGGUCUUUGGAGCUUCUGUUGGUGUUUCUGUAAUAGGAUGGUGUUGCUAGCUCCAUAACCAAAAAACCUCUCCUUUAGCCUGGGGACCGUCCAUGGCAGAGAUGACAUAUACAAUACAUUCUUUAAAAUAUUUUUUGAACCUUUGGCCAUGAAGCUACCUGCUUCCACUUUUUGCAGAUGCACAGUGUUUGUGAUUAUUUUUACAAAUGUAAAUAUAGCUGAUUUAGUAUAUUGAAGCAGAGGCAGUAAUGGAAGCUCAAAGGCUUGUAUAUGCUGCUGUUCCUGUUUUUAAUUUCUGAUUUAAAGCUUGCAAAUUUAUACAUGAUGGGCUCAGCAAUUAAAAAUGGUAAUCUUUUAGGGCUAAAUUUUGAGUGACAAAUUGUAGCCUGUUUUGAUAAACUUUGCAAGAAAGCCUUCCAAUUUGGAUUCUGAAGAAGUUGAAAUAUACAGUAUAUAUGUGUGAGAGAGAUUUACUCUGGUUGUUACAAAUGUGUGGAAGGCUUCAGCGAUCCAACCGCCUGGUCCAUAAUUGUAGUCCUUGUAUUUAUGCAUAGACAUAUAAUUAGCUGUCUCAAAGGAGAUCUUUUAGUGAUAUGAAUCUCCUUUAGUUAUUUAACAAGUUAUCUAACACAAUUAGACAUGCAUUCAAAUACUUCGAAUAGUCCUUACAGCAAAGUAUGUGAUUAUUCAGAGGUACUUAAGGAAUGUCUCUUAAUAUUCUGUAUAUUAAAACAUAGUUUUCAUUGCAGUCAAUAACAUAUAAACUAACUAUUUUUGUACUAAAUAAUGUACAAUAUCAUUAGAUUUUUUUUAUUUCCAUUAACAGAAAACAGAUUGGGCAAAAAUGCAUUAUGUAUAAUAAAAUGUCUACAUUAGAAACAUGAAUAGGGACCACAGUUUAGCACCUUAAGUCAGUUUGUUUAAAAAAAAUUAUUUAUGAUAGUUAGAUUUGUCUACGUGUAUCCACCAUGAUUUGAAUGUCUCCCACUUAAAUGGUGCAAACCCAUUUAGUUAUUGCUCCUAUUACUCCUAUACAAUUUGUCCUAUUGGCAGUGAAUAAUUGCAAGGUUAAUUACUUUUUGCUUCUUUAUGAAGUAGCAUCUAAAAUUGUAUGAAUCUUAUCUCCAUGUCUUUAUUUCUUCAGUUUAAUAUAAUGAUUGAAUACCUGCACAUACUCCACUGCUUAUCAAGAUGUCAGUCUGAUCCCAUGAUUGUUGGACAUUUUUUCAUAAGACAUAGUACAUCUGAAUUUCCUGCAAAGUUCUACAAAUUAAAUUUCUUCCAUGUUUUAAAACUUUGUUCAUAAAGUAGGUUGAUAAAUCAUGUUAUGAAUCUAUAUUUAACCUUGCCACCUUGCAGACAAAAAGCAUGCAUAUCAUUAUGUAAUUUGUUUUUGUGGGUAAUAGAUUCCUUUGAAUUAUAGUAACAAGAACUUUUUUUCCAUACUGCUUCCCCCUCUUUCUUCCCCCCCCCCCCAAUGUUGCCAUGUUGAAAAGUUUUUCACUUUCAGACCCUAAGAAAUAUGUAUUUUAAAAGGGUUCAAAAUCAUGCCAUGUGCUUUAAACGUUUGUCUUCUCCCAUCAAGGUCAUCUUUUAUUAACAUAAAAAAAAUCAAGAUAUUUUGAACAAUUUCUUUAAAAUAUCCGAUACAACAUGAACGCCAAAUGUUGCAUUUUUGAAGCACUUUAAGAGUGACUUUCUUAACAUUAUGACCAUUAUUCUUAAAUUGUGAGGCACUUGCACAUUUGUUGGGGCUGAGGUGUCUAUAGUAUAAGUGAGUUGAUUGACAAUUAAGCUGUGAGUUUGCCUAUCAUGUUAUGAGCUUAGUCCAAGAAUCUGUCAUUGUAUCACUACUGUUGGGCAUAAGAUUGUUUCAAAUAUCAUCCUACCUAUUCUCCCUUUCUUUAAAAAAUGCAGUUCUAAAUGAAUAUCGGAGAUUAAAUUUAUGUCAGUGUUCUUAUCCAAGUACUUGGGUAAAAGCAAGCAUUUCCAAAGGCUUGACCAUAUUCAGUCUGCCUGCAGAAAUAAUCUUAGUUUCUGAUAGAAGUGGUACAAGGGAUAGAGACAUCUUUUGAAAAAUCCUGAUUUUUGAUUUGAAUGAAAAACUGGUGCAGCCAUAUCUGAAGAUCAUAUUGGCAUUAAAACUAAUGAUGAACUGAAGAUUUUAUAACUGGAACUGUAUGAGUUAGUGUUUGAAAAUUUCAAGAUUAAUGCAUGGCCUGUAUAUGGAUUUUUCUCCGUUUUCCACCAUGUUAAGAUUUGAAGUUUUCUUGUGUACCACUUGUUUAUCCUAUGUCGUUGUGAGAUUUCAUACAUGGAUCAUAUUCCAAUAAAUGGUAUCACUCUGCUCUGUUUAACCGUUAUGCUCUAAUAUUGACCUUAUGACUUUAAAAAGUUGCUUAUUUACUUCCUGGUAAUGCACCUUAAUGUAACACUAAUUGCCUAGUCUGUAUUAUAACUUGUUUUCCUGUAUGUAUCUAUACCAGCAGAAAUCUGAUGAGCUGAUUUAAUUUUUAUAUUGCAAAGCUAUAAUAUGCAAAUAAAACUAUUUUCAUAAUGUGA